AUGUCUCGGAUCCUCUCCCUCGGCAUCGGCAACAUGGGCGCCGCCCUGGCCCGCACCCUCCUCGCCUCCAACCCAUCAUCAUCCACCCCCCUCACCAUCUGGAACCGCACCGCCUCCCGCCCGCUCGUCACAUCCCUCGUCGCCGCCGGCGCGCGCCUCGAGACGGACCUCGCCGCGGCCAUCUCCGCCGCCGACAUCAUCCUCAUCUGCGUCCUCGACUACGACACCAUCUACUCGGCGCUCGCCUCCGCGUCCGCCGACUCCUCCUCCACCUCCCCCCUCGCCGGCAAGACCGUCGUCAACCUCACCAACGGCACCCCGCGACAGGCCGCCGCCGCGCAGGCCUGGUUCCGCGAGCGCGGCGUCGCGCGCUACUUCGACGGCGCCGUCAUGGUGCCCCCGCAGCUCGUCGGCACGCCGCACUCCUUCCUGCUCUACUCGGGCGAGACGGAGGCGGCGUUCCAGGCCAGCGUGAAGGACCAGCUCGCGUCCGUGGGCAGCGCGCUGUACACGGGCGAGGACGUGGCCUCGGCGGCGACGGACGACCUCGCCGCGCUGGCGGCCAUGUACGGCAUGUUCUCGGGCGCCUUCAUCGGCAUCGGCCUGCUGAAGAAGCAGCUGGCCAAGGCGGCGGGCAAGGGUGAUGGAGCCGCGGCCAAGGUCAAGGUGACGCCUGCGGUGGAGAGCGUCGUGGUGCCGGUGCUGACGGCGUUGGUGCCGUAUGUCGGGCUCAUCGCCAAGGCGGUCGACGAGGAGGCGUGGGAUGACGACAUGGGCAACCCGCUGGGGAUGCAGCUCGCGGGCGUGCGCAACAUUCUGCAGGCGUGCAAGGACGAGGGCGUCAACGGAGGGGCCCUGGAGACCUUGGUGGGACUGAUGCAGAAGGUUGUGGACGAACGGGGUGGUGCUGGAGGCGUCCCCGAGGUGGCCAGGUUCAUGGUCGAGUAG